GCGCGUGGAAAAAUCCGUCGUCAUGUCCUAUUUUCUCCAUUUUAGUGUUGCUAAUGUUUUGGUAGGCGUCAGUGUGCUGUUCGCGGAAUAGGCUGGUAAAUAAAUCAUGGGGAGAAAAAAGAAGAAGCAGAUGAAGCCCUGGUGUUGGUACUGUAACAGGGAUUUUGAUGAUGAAAAGAUUCUCAUUCAGCAUCAGAAGGCCAAGCACUUUAAGUGUCACAUAUGUCACAAGAAGUUAUAUACUGGUCCUGGUCUGGCCAUCCACUGUAUGCAGGUUCACAAAGAAACAAUUGAUGGAGUCCCUAAUGCAAUACCGGGAAGGACUGACAUAGAACUGGAGAUCUAUGGAAUGGAGGGUAUUCCAGAGAAAGACAUGGAGGAGAGGAGACGUGUGCUUGAACAAAAAACACAGGAAAAUCAGAAGAAAAAACAGCAAGAUGACUCGGAUGACGAUGACGAGGAUGAAGAGGCUGGUCCCUCCUUCCAGCAGCCAGCAACAACCGUACAGCCUCAGGCAGCCUAUGCCCCUAUGACCCAGCCAGGAAUGGCCCCUGUCCCAGCGCCAGGGAUGCCACCUGGAAGCUACUCAGGAAUGCCCCCAAUGAUGCCUGGUGUCCCCCCUAUGAUGCCAGGGAUGCCUCCUGUCAUGCCCGGGAUGCCUCCAGGCAUGAUGCCAAUGAGUGGGAUGAUGCCACCUACACAUGGAAUGCCCCCGAUGAUGCCAGGCAUGCCCCCAGGAAUACCUCCUCCCAUGGGUCAUCACCCUGGCAUGCCCCACAUGGCUCAGGCCCCUCCUACCACCCGACCGGCUGUGCCUGUCACAGCAAUACCCACGCCACAGCCAAGUAUCUCCAAGCCACUGUUUCCCAGUGCAGGACAGAUGGGGACUCGAGCUCCAAGCACAAGCUCAGGCUCCUCCAGUCUGGACAGUUUGUCAGCAUCCUCUAAACCGCUGUUUGGUCUCUCUCUGCAGGUCCAGCAGGCUGGUUCUGGUGUAGCGGUGAGCUCUGCACCACCUUCUGCUGCGCCCAAACCAACAUUCCCAGCUUACACCCAGUCCUCCGCCACUGCUGCAGCCAACACGAGCAGCACUGUGGCCAAACCGGGCACCCCAGUCACAAGUAAGCCAGCCACCCUCACCACCACCAGUGCAACCAGUAAGUUGAUCCACCCUGAUGAAGAUAUAUCACUGGAGGAGUUGCGAGCACAGCUGCCUCGCUACCAGUGUAAAGUCCCGAGUGCAGGACAGCCCCAUGUGACUUCCCCACCAGUUGCGCCGAUGGGGGGGGUGUUGCCCCCUCAGCAGGGCAUUCCUGCACAGCAGCCAGGUGUUCGGCAUCCCAUGCAAGGGCCAUUCGGUGCUCCGCCGCAGGGCGUGCCCGGGUACGUCCCAGGAGGAAUGCCUCCUUAUGGACAAGCCCCACCCAUGGUGCCUCCCUACCAGGCUGCUCCCCCUCGGCCCGCCAUUGGCAUGAGACCUCCUGUAAUGUCUCCUGGAGGCCGAUAUUGAAGCGUCACCACUGGUCUUCAUUAGGUUUGGUGAUUCAACCAUUUUACCAUCUAGUGGCGUGCUUUACAAUCCAGAUCAGUAACCGUAACCCUUCUUGCAAUGAGGAGAUGGAUUAAUCAAACUGUGUAACGCAUGGGACAUUUGAUUUUACCAAGUCUAUUAUUUGGACCUACCCUUUGUUGCAGAUCAUACAGUCUGGCUUUUUUCUCAUGUUUUGUUUAGGUUUUUAGAAGUGAAGUGUAGUAAAUAUGGUUCGUAUUAAUUUGAAGCGGCUGGAGUUUCGUACAGCACCUUUAACAAGGCAAGUCACUGUAAAUAUACUACUGUACUAAAAGUGUGAAGCCUUCGCAGCACCCAUAGGUGCUGUUGGACGUCCCGUCCCCAGCGUUGCUUGGUGAGGGCUUCAGAUAGCUGACACUGUUGGAUUUAUUUUUCUAUGUCUGCUUGUCUACAUUUACAGUGUUCUCUCUGUAGGGCCAAACACAUAAGACUCCUGUGAAUGCUAUCUGUACUGUUCCACUGUUAAUUGUAAUAAACUAUUGAAAUCUAACGGCUGUUUUUUCAUUAGCAAGUAAAGGACAACCUCACAAGGUUUGUACUACAAAUGCUCAACGUGAUGGCUGUUGUAUAUUUGUACGAAAGCUGUGUGAUUGCAGUGUUUGUGGGUGAGAGGGCAACUGAAGCAUUUGCAUCCACAUUUGAUGUUCCUACCGGUCCUUUCAUAUUAAAGUUUGGAUUUAAAGGGGUCAAAUCGUUAGGAAUCAAGUUCUCCUUGAUCUUUUGAGAGAAAUGAGUUUAGUACCGUGUCAAAACAUCCUCCUCAGUCCAAAAAGACCAUCAUCAUAACAUCUCACAACUUCUAACGUCAGUGAACAACAGACAGACUAACAGUGACAAGGUGAUAAAUAAACACAGUAUGACUGUUUUUGAUGGGAGAAAAAAAAUCACAUAGUGGAUAUGUAUAAGACCCCUUUAAAUUCUCAGCUUCUUAUGCAAGGACAUAUGGCUGCUAGUCAAAAAGAAAAACAACCAUUCAGAUAGCAGUUUCCUGAAAAUCACAGUCUUGAGAGACUGAAAUAACCCUUGUGAACCUGAGAAUCAUUUAUGUCCAGGCUAAGGCUCAUCGCUUGUGAUUUUCAGGAAGAGGCAGGUAAGAAGGUGACUGUAGUUCACUGUGGUUGUUGUCCUAAACUGAGGAUUUCUCUUCUCCUUGUAGCAAUGCCAUGGGACUGGCUGAGGCAGAGUCUCAGUGUUGCCCUGCACAGGCUGAGGCAAGUCUCACAUUUUCUCUCUUUCCUCUCUUAUUCAGGGGGCCUCACAGCCGUUUGGCUGUUGGAUACAAAUGUCCCCAAACUUAGAGCAAGUUUGGUGAUGGCCCCCGGGUUUAUUAAUAUCAGGAGAGUUCUCUUAACUAACUCAUAGUUUUAGCUAACGUGUUAAAAAUAGAUACAUGUGCUUCAAAAGUUUGAGGUUUGUAAUGUUGCGAAAAUGCAUUGAAUUGAUCAAAAGUGACCGUAAAUACAGUUACAGGAUUUCUGCAGUUUUUUUUUUUUUAACCUUCUCUUCAAGGAAUCCUGAAAAAAAGUGUUACCGUUUUCACAAAAUUAUUAGGCAGCAUAACUGCUUUCAAUAUUAAUAGUAAUUGAGCAGCAAAUCAGUACAUUAGAAAGAUUUCUGAAGGAUCGUGUGACACUGAAGACUCGAGUAAUGAUGCUGAAAAUUCAGCUUCGCUUUUCACAGGAAUAAAUUAUAUUUUAACCAGUGUUCACAUAGAAAAGUUGCUUUAAAUUGUAAUAAUAUUUCACAGUAUUGCUGUAUUUUUAAAUAAAUGCAGUCUUGGCGAGUAUGAGAAUGAUUAAAAAAAUCUUACCAGCCUCAAUCUUUUGAACGGAAGUGUUUAUUAAAAUAAUCUGUUCAGUUUUCAACCACAUCUAUGGCAUGCUGUUGAUUACCACAGACUAUGAUUUUGACUCAUCUCUCAGUUUGUAAGAAACAAAUGGGAAAUGGAUAUGCAGUAAUUACAAUGAAAGUUAUGCAAACUAGAAAUAGCAGCUUGCUCAUAAACAUAACGUGGUAGCAUUAUACUUGGUGUGCUAACCAACUGUAUUCGUGCAGUUAGGUGGAGCUGAGGUUUUAAACUCUCCCACAAGAAUUGCAUUCAUAAAACACAAGAAGAGUUCUUCCACCUUAAAUAAUCAUAUUUAAAUUGUUGUUACUUUACUAUUUUUACAAACUGAAAGAUGAGGUGAAAUUAUUCAGUGUGCCUCAGAUUCUUUCCAUGAGCAUUGUUGAAAAUCCAGAGUAUUAUAUGUGGUAAGAUAUUUAUGUAUAUAUGUGUGUGUGUGCUUUUAAUGCAUCAUAGAAGUUUCAUAAUGAGAAAAGAUGCAGUUGAGCAGUAGCACUGGGGAGUAAUGUGUGAUUUUGUUUAACAAGCUCUUCUACUGGUUUUGGAAAAGGUUGGCAUGUUUCUUGGCACUAAUGGUGUAUUUGAUGGAUUUCUGUCCACAGUUUGGCUUUGAUAUCAAUCCAUAGAACUACUUCAAGGUUUCCUUUAGCAUCUAGCUGACCAUACAAAUCGGAUGGUUUGUGUUUUGUAAAGUACUUUCUUUGUGUAGUUUGUGGUUAUGUUUCUUUUAUCUGCCCAGUUGCUACUCUUCAUUCACUCUUGAUUUUUAAUGAAAAUGUAAUCCAGCCAGGAUCCCCUUUACAGGUUAGACCGAGCAAGUAUAAUUAUUCCUCAUUUGUAAAUCUGUUUACCUUCUGUUGAUGGGUAGAGAUAUACAGGAGUCAUUGCUUUCCUGUUCACUGUCCUGGUAAGUUUACAACUUGUAUGUGAAUCAGUAGUCCUUGUUCUCUUUGAGUUGUUUCAGAGUUUGAAAUGGCCUGUGAUCUGUCUAUUGUUUUGUUGUUUUUUCUUUGCAGUAGAGUGCAGCACUGAGUUUCCUUUUCUUUUUGUCCUGUUUAAAUAUAAUAAAAGCUGAGAUAAAACCAA